GCACGUAGUAGGCCCUUAACCGACACCACGAGAGAGACAAACCGAGACGAUUGGCUGAUCUCUCGGCUUCUCCUCCCUGCAGCUCGCCCCACGCCCAGCCCGGAGAGCCACGUUGAGCAAGAUUUUCCGUAUGUCAGGGCCCGCCGUCGCCGGGGUUGUUAUAUAAGCCGGGCCCCGGACCCUCUGGCACAGGUCGCCGCCCGGCACGAGGCGACCGCCGACGCGGGCCAGGGGGAAGCACCUCUCCUCCUCUGGUUCAGGCCAUGGCAUCCGUUAAGGUCGAGGCGGUCGUCAGGGAGCAGAACAGGAUGGGAGAGUGUCCGGUGUGGGAAGCGAAGAGCGGUCACCUCGUCUACGUGGACAUCAACGCGCAGAAGGUCUGCAGAUGGAAUUCCCUCAGUGGGGAGGUGCAGAGUGUGAAGCUCGACGCCCGCGUUGGCUCCGUGGGCCUCCGGGAGGCCGGCGGCUACGUGGUGGCCCUGGGGACCAGCUUGGGCUUCCUGGACUGGGACACCGGAUCCGUGGCCACGGUGGCUCGUCUCGAGACGGACAAGCCCAACAACAGAUUCAACGACGGGAAAGUGGAUCCGGCCGGGAGGUUUGUGGCAGGGACCAUGCCCGAGGCCCUGAGGCCCGGAGUGUGGGAGCGGCGUCAGGGGGCACUUUACACGCUGUUUGCCGACGGCUCCGUGGUCAGGCAGCUGGACCAGCUGGACAUCUCCAACGGGCUGGACUGGUCCCCGGAUCACCGGACCUUCUUCCACAUCGACAGCCUGACCUACUCCGUGCGCGCCUUCGGCUACGACCUGCAGACGGGCCGGAUGGCCGACCGUCGGCCGGUGUACCGGCUGGAGGAGGAGGAGGGCAUGCCGGACGGCAUGUGCGUCGACGCGGAAGGGAAGCUGUGGGUGGCCUGCAUCGACGGGGGCCGGGUCAUCCGCGUCGACCCCGAGACAGGGACCAGGCUGCGGACGGUGAAGCUCCCGACCCCCAGGGUCACGUCCUGCUGCUUCGGGGGGCCGGACCACCGGGAUCUGUUCGUCACCUCGGCCAGCGACGGCCUCGGCCCCGACGAGCUCCGCGCCCAGCCCCAGGCCGGACACAUCUUCAAGAUAACGGGUUUGGGGGUGAAAGGGGUGCCACAGUGCGCGUUCGCCGGGUGAGCCCCUCGACCCCCGAGGGAGGGGGAUCGGCCCCUAAACGGAAGCGCCUGCAGCCGUCGACCACGACGACGUCAGAAGACGAGGAGGGGACUCCUGCGACCGCUUAACCUGGGCAAUAAAACCCUCCUCCGCCCCGGGAGGAGAGAUGUGUCUUCAGAAA